GAAAAAUUGUAAGAAAUGAUAUGAAUAAGUAGGAGGAACAAUAUUUUUGAAACUAAUUGGGAAUUAACUAGUAAUUUUAUUACUUUACUAAAAACGUUUCAACCCUGAACCUCGAUCGAUACUAGUGUAAAAUAUUUAUCUACUUUUAUAACAAAACAUUCAAUUACUAUACAAUUUGGUAUUAAUAUAAAAUAAUAGUGCCUUAAAUAAAGUCCUAAGCAAUUAAUAUUUCACGAGUCAAAGUCAUUGCUAGUGGGUCAAGGGAUAAUCGAAUCGAAAGUGCAAUAAAUAAUAAAAUAACCAUACACAUGCCUUUGUCGAUUGCACUUCAAAAUCACCAUCAAUAAUACAAUAAAUAUUUAAUAAGAAAAUAAAAUAAUCGACCGACAUAUCACCUGCAUAGAAGCCUUUUCGACCGACAUCCCUCUGACCUACAUUCCAAGUUACCAUCUUUCAAUAAUAGAAAAACCUUCUUUUUAUUACCUGGAAAACCCGUUCGAGCCGAUCGAUUUCCCUAGCUAUCGGUCACUUAAUUGAUGUACUACAAAUUUUGCGACAAAUUGCAUGUAUUUUUCGAUGAUUUUACCCGCGGAACUCGACGCUCGGCACUGCAGUAAACCGCCCUUUCCAAACUACGACGACGUUAAUUCGGCGGAAAACAGGAGCGUCGCGACGCGCCGGCCUCUCCGAAUUUUUUAAUCCAACUAUUAACUUUUGGGGUAGUUAAUAAUGAUGGCAAAAAUUAUUCAAUACUAUCUACAACACGUUUUUCUUAUGCAUAUUUCAAGGGAAACAUCGUUACUGUAGCUACAUUUCUUUAUAUUAUUCCAUGAAUCUGAUGAUGAGUUUAAUUUAGCCAGUGUUGCAUAUUAAAAAGACGCAACCGAGUUUAACGCCUACUAACUUGGAAUCCAUCGAGUUUUCGUGAUAAGCUCGAGUUGUUUUCGCGGUGAAAUCAAACCGGAUAUUUCCAGAUCGUCGGGCGCUGUCAAAGUUGCGGAUAAUCCGCCAAAGAAAAACUCUCACGUGGGUUUUCGAAGUUUUCGAAUUUUCAUAUUCAAAAGAUGCAAAUUUUCUUUUGAGGAAUGUUUCUCUUUACUUUUGUAUGUAUUCGCGGGUAAUCUCUUGACAAUAAGAUGUCUGGGAUGGCCGGUAUAUAAAAGCUGGAUGGGGCCUGGAGAAGUCCAGCCUUAGUUCGAAGCUUGUUGAGUUCGAGUGGUGUCUGUUGGUUUUCUUACAAUGGGUAAUAACGGGCUGUACAGCCUCUGCUUAUUUUUACUAAUUUCGACGCUUUGCAUCUACAACAGCGAGGAGCAAUUGACUUUCUCCAAAAGUUGGAGUCCAGGUGGUAAACGAUCAGAAGAGAAUCGUAAUUUCCAAUUAAACAUACCGGCUAAUGCUAUAUGCCAUUUUCUUAUCAAUCAAAUUCGACAGAUGAACGCCUGUCCAAAUCCUCAAGUCAACAAUGAGGUAGAAAAUUUCCUGAUGCAUAAUCAGAUUUGAAAUAUUUACGACAACAUUAUUGUCAAACAUUAUUCGUGAAUGUAUAAAUAACGUAAUUAAAACUGA